GUGAGAGAUAAGACCAAACGAGCUAAGGCCACCGUAGUUUGACAAACUGUGAGAGAUUGUCAUUGCUCGUGUACUGAAUUAAUUAUGCCUGUGACACUAAAGUCUUUCCAAAAGAUAACAGUGGGGGAGUUGUAAUAACAAUGUACGCGUCGGGAAGCAUGAUUUUUAGGAGUUAUAAUAACAGCUUUUUGUCCAGCUUGUCAAACCGUACAUUUGCUAAUUUAGCAGCAAUGUCCGUGUCGGUGAGAGUUUUUCCUUCUGCCAGAAGUUUGUUUGAUGAACCCGUGCAGAUUUUAGUGAAUGGAUUGUUGCCUAAACAGCAUGUCACUCUUAAGGCCACACUGGUAGAUGAGUCUGGGGAACCAUUUGAGUCUUCAGCUCUAUAUCAGGCGGAAAAGAAUGGGGAGCUGGACUUAUCACGCAGUCCAGCCCUGGAUGGGAGCUUUUCGGGCAUAGAGCCUAUGGGGCUUUUUUGGUCACUGGCUUCCAAAACCCCGUACAAGCGCAUGGCAAAGAGGAAUGUUGAAACCCCCUACAUUAUUGGUAUUGAAGUACAUGAAGGCGCUAGCGUUUCUGGACAGCUUUUGGCAAAAUGUACUACGGAAAGAUGGUUUAUGAAAGAAGGAAUAAUGAGGAUGCCGGUGAGAGAAGGAAGGAUUAGAGGAACACUUUUCCUACCCCCGGGUGCUGGUCCCUUUCCUGGUAUUAUUGAUCUUUAUGGCUCUGUUGGAGGCCUUCUAGAGCACAGAGCCUGCCUUUUAGCUAAUUACGGCUUUGCCACACUUGCCUUGGCAUACUUCGACUUUGAGGAUCUCCCUCCUGGUUUAGAGAACCUUGAUCUGGAAUACUUUGAAGAGGCUGCUCAGUUCUUACAAAAACAUCCAAAGGUUAAAAAUGAUGGAGUCGGAGUUAUUGGAAUAUCAAAAGGCGCUGAUUUGGCUCUUUCCAUGGCAUCCUGGUUGCCUGGCAUAAAGGCAGCUGUUAUCACUUCUGGUUUUAAUGCCAAUUUUUAUUCAACAUUGCACUAUAAAGGGUUAAUCAUUCCUCCUCUUCGGUUCCGUAUGGAUCGUAUAAAACAUAUUGAGCCUCAAGUCAUUUAUUUUAAAGAUGCCAUGGAUGACCCCAGAGAUCCGAAGAAUCAAGAUGCUAUCAUCCCAGUUGAGAAGGUGCAAGGGCAGUUGCUUUUCUUGGCUGGAGAGGAUGACAGGAAUAUUCCUAGUGUCAUGUACAUGGAAGAGGCUGUCAAACGUCUUCAGAAGUUUGGAAAGAAGAACUUUGAGUACUACAGUUAUCCUAAAACAGGUCACUUAAUUGAACCCCCAUACUUUCCUCUGUGCCUUGCUUCUUGGCAUAAACCAAUGGGUGUGGCAGUACUUUGGGGAGGGGAAGCAAAGUCGCAUAUGCUCGCUCAGGAAAAUGUCUGGAGUAAAAUUCGAGCAUUUUUGUGGAAGCAUCUUGGAGGUGAAGGUGCUGUAAAUAGCAAACUGUGAUGAUAAUCCCAGUAGUACAAAAUAAUACAAACAAAUGCAUUUUGAGGAGAUCUGUCAUCUCAUCUGCAUAUUAUAAAACAUAAGCAGAUUAUAAAUGCUCCUGGAUAUUUUAAGAAUCAUAUGUGGUGCAUACAGUGGUAGUACGACCUUUGUUCAUCAGAAUGUCUUUCACAUUCUGCUGCACAGACAUAAGCUUGUUGCUAAAGUAUUGCAUCUUUUCAGUACUUACUUUCAUGGUUAAUCAUGGUACAUAUCAGCAGCAGUUUUGUAUAUCAUGUGACAUGUCACCUGAUGCCUUAUAUUUCAUUUUCCUAACUUCACAAAAGUUUGGAAAGUUACAUAUUUAAUAACUGAUCCUAACCUGUAGUAUCUCUGUACAUGAGUUUUCUUAAACGUGCUAUACAGAUCAGCAGUGUAAUUUUCAUUUCUUUUGAUAUGAUAGUUCAUUUGAUACAAAUUAAAUUUUGUAUAUCUUUAACUUUCAAAGCAUAUUACACAGAUAAUAAAGCAUCAAGUGGUGCCUUACAA